ACAGGUACCGCGAGUGCGAACGGUUGCGUUUCGUUCUCUGUUUUCUUGAUUAGUACUCCGGUCGGUGUGGCAAGGUACGGGUCUCAGGUGCAACCUCAACACCGAGUAGCUCAACGAUCGAAGCGCGAUCCGCGAACCAAACAUCAGUGUGUUGUGUCGUUAUCGCCGUGACUGCGCCGAGAGAAAGAGCAUAACAUAAUAUUACUACUAUUCAUAUGGUGAAGAGCUCUUGUUGUUCGUUAAAGCGAUGCUUUUUUGUGUAUGAAUUCGAAAAAUUCCAAUCGAAAACUCGUUUUGCGUUUUCUUUUUUUUUAUGGUUCAAGAUAGUGGCUGGAACGAAGGGAAAUUAUCCGACGGUUGUGUUGGUGUCGUUGUCGGAUCUUGGAGUCUGAGUGCGAGAUACAUCAUUUGUGCGAUAACGAGUAGGUGGGCGGCGUGUGCGUUUUAAAUUGCUCACCGGAUGGUGGCAGCCCAGUGUUAAGCGGGCGUGAAAACAAGACUGCUUCGGCCGGAGGAAAUUAAUCCCAGAGGUGCGUCGGUGCGGGAAGAGCCGAGUGAGUGUGUAAAGUGUGUGUGAAAUGAGUACAAAUGAGACGGCGGUGGCAAAAUCUGCUUCCAGCAAUCUGCAGGUGGGCAAGCAGUGGUGGAAGGUUUGCUUCCUAUACGGGAAUCAGGAAAAAUACUAUCGACAGAUUUAUGCGAAGGCUGCCUCGGAAAGGAUAGCUCACGCUACCCAGAGUAGCAAUGGGCCGGCUGGAAAAUCCGCCAUCAUUUUCCCAACCAAACAACAUCGCCCGAUUCUGAUGAAUGGACAGAAAAAGGUAUCCGACCUCAACAAUCCGGCCCCCGUCAGCAAGAAACGUGUGACCGUUUUGGACGAUUCGUUUCUCCUGGGGGUCAGCGAAGACGAGCAACGGUCAGACAGCGGGAUCAACAUCGACGCCUCGAAUCAACCGGACGAGCCGCCGAGCCGUGGGAUGCGUCGCAAUUUCCACCUGAGCAGUGAAGAACUGAGUCUGUUGAACUCCGACAAACCGCUCGGCGGGGAACUUUCGGCUCAAUCCGCUUCACCAUUGGAUGGGAGCUCACAAAUUGCACCCAAUUCAUCAUCAUCAGCCUCACCGUCGGUGGCAUUUCCCAAUGGCCCAUUGCUGGCGGCCAGCGAUGGGAGCAGCAGUGUCGGCAGUCCAGUACCUCCCACUGUCAGUCCCUGCCCGGAUGUGUUGGUCACCAGCAGCAACAAUGCGAUCCUGCCGCAGUCAGUACAAAUGUCGUAUCCAUACCAAAAACCUCCCUUCGAGUACGACGUCAAUCGGGUCCCGCUGAGUCCCCAGUCGGCGUACUCCAAAUCGUUGCAAAACCAUCCCCCGAUCCAGUCGCCCUCGAUGGGCGACUUCCUGCCACCGCUCCAACCGGCCAGCCAGGAUGCGGGUGGAUCACGAUCAAUUUACAGUGCCCACGCCCUUUCGCAAGCCAACAACCUGCAUCCCCAGCACCUGCAGCAUCUUCAAGGAUCACCCUAUCAGCAGGCAUCUAUCGUAUCGCCUGCACCUGCACUCUAUCAUCACUCACCGCGAAGUCACCAACAUCAUCAUCACCAUCAAGCACCGCCGCCGCCGCCACCUCCCCCAACACAGCAGCAGCAGACAUAUCCUCCCAACUUCCCACCAAACAACCUCCAACCGUCCGGUGGAGGUCGGCCGGGCGAUGGUGGCGGCGGUGGCGGUGGCCACAACUACUCGCAGUCGGACGACGACAGCGGCUGUGCGCUGGAGGAGUACACCUGGGUUCCGCCCGGUCUACGACCGGAUCAGGUUCAUCUCUACUUCUCGGCCAUCCCGGAAGAUAAGGUUCCAUAUGUCAACAGCAUCGGCGAGCGGCACCGUGUCCGUCAACUGCUCCAGCAGCUUCCUCCCCACGAUAACGAGGUGCGAUAUUGCCAUGCACUGACCGAUGAAGAGCGCAAGGAGUUGAAGCUGUUCUCGGCUCAGCGAAAGCGUGAAGCCCUCGGCAGGGGCACUGUGAAGCAGAUCGCCACGAACCAGAUUUGUGAUGGGUGCGGUGAGUGUGUUUCGUCUGGUGACAUGGGGGUCUACGCGUCGCGCUUCGAUCCCGGUACCUGUUGGCAUCCGGCUUGCUUCGUCUGCUCGGUCUGCAAGGAGCUACUGGUCGAUCUGAUCUAUUUUCAUCGAGAGGCCAAGCUGUACUGCGGAAGGCACCAUGCGGAGACGUUGAAGCCCAGAUGCUCGGCCUGUGAUGAGAUAAUUCUCGCUGAUGAGUGCACGGAAGCUGAGGGACGAGCGUGGCAUAUCAAACACUUUGCCUGCUUUGAAUGUGACAAACAGCUCGGUGGUCAACGGUACAUAAUGCGAGAUGGAAAACCAUAUUGUCUGCACUGUUUCGACGCCAUGUUUGCCGAGUACUGUGAUUUCUGCAGCGAGCCGAUCGGUGUUGACCAGGGUCAAAUGAGCCAUGAUGGCCAGCAUUGGCACGCGACGGAUAACUGCUUCGCAUGCAGUACCUGUCGGUGUUCUCUGCUUGGCCGACCAUUCUUGCCUAGGCGGGGAGAAAUUUAUUGCUCAAUAGCGUGCAGUAAAGGCGAACCACCCACGCCAUCCGAUGGAUCCGUGCCGACUGUUUUACCCUCGCGAAAUCGGCUCCGAGCGAGCCAACGUUCGACAGACGAUACCUCCGGGUAUCCCCCACAUUUGCCAAAGUCACCAGAACCCCUGCAGAGUCCAAUCAGUGAGCAGAGUACCCCCCACUCCAGCCCCGCCAAACACUUGCACGCGGAACUAUCCACUAACAUGUCUAGCCCUGUUCCAGCCGCCGAACUGAACGAACAAUUUUUCUCCGUUUCGGUCGACAAUGACAACAUACAAACGUACACCGGCAGUGGAGCAACCUCGCCAAUUUCCUCCCGAACAUAUCCUUGCACCGAACCGAGUGAUCACGUCGAUCAUCAAUCGCAACAGCACGAGUCUCUUCCCCCGUUGAAUUCCAGCCACCGGAGAAUACCCCAAUGCUCGCCCGAACUCAACCGGCUACUGCACAAAGAUCGCAGCCGGCAGCCGCUGGAUCUCACGGAUUUGAGCCUCAGCUUAGACAACUGGCAGGCGGAGCACCAAUCAACAGCAGCGCCCAGUAUAGCCAAGAUGAAUCCCACGGUGACCUCUUCCAUGCCGGAGUUGCCCCAAACUCAGCCACCCUUUGACGAUAUUAGCCCGUUGGACAAAGCAAGUGCAAUAGACCCGGACGAUGCCAUCCACAAUGCCUCCGAUGCGUCACACUCCAUUGUCGAACUCCCAACCCCGCCGCCAAUAGUUAUUAAGAAAGAAGUCCGCUUCGAGGGUGACUUCCAGGACUCGUUGCCCCGAUCGAAGAGCUACUGCAGUCGGGCGGGUGGCAGCUCCCGGUCACGUUCCUCCAAGUCGUCGUCCAAGCGCCGCUCGGGCAGCCAUCACCACCGUUCGUCGGAUUAUGCCUACGAGCGGCAUCAGCAGGAGCGACCCUCCUCGACCCGCAAAUCGCCCCGCCGACGAUCGCGUGCUCACCACCACCACCAGCAUGAGGUGGAAGCGGAACACCACCAAUCCCAUCCGGAGGAGGAGGAUGAUUCGGAUGCGCGAAGCGUGUGCUCCACCUGUUCGUCCAGUUCCUCCAGUGCGGACGAUACCGUGUACGAGCUUCCCAUGCGGAGAACCUACGGCGGAACCCGGAUCCACUAUAUGCCAAACAACUCGCUCGCGUGCGCCCGCAAACGGAAGCAGCUGCAAAGUAGCCAUCCUUAUGAGAAAGACAAUAAAAACUGUAUCAUAUCGUGAAAACAAAACAAAAAGCCAGGUAAGAUAGGAAGGUGAACGAUUGCAUCGUUACAGAUGAGAAUGCGUUCAGACGGAGUGACCAAAUUUAAACGAAAAAAUCAAAUUGCAUUUUAACGAAAAGUGGUAACAUUUUCGAGUAGAGUUUAUCGAAUGUAUUGAAUGUUUGGAUGUAUUUUCUUUGUUUGGAUUGAAAUUAUGAAAAUACGAGAUAUUUUAACUGAAAGCAAUACUCAAGAGAUUGUGUGAGAUUUUUUGUAUUUGUCGCGACACAUACAGUUCACCGCCACACCAAUACAAAGCAGAAUGUAUUCAAUGCUCAUAUCUUAAGUGUAAGGUUUUUUAUACAUACAGUUUGAUAAGAGAUAAUUUUUAUACUGAAAAGUUGAAAA